UAGAAAAUGACUUAUAGCAAGAAAACGCUAAUCGUGUUUGUCUUUACAAUCCUCUUUGUCAUGUCUUCUGUUCAUUGCUCUAAAAGCAACCCUGAUUACAGUGACCAAGCAAAUGGGCAAUGCUACAGUCCGUGCAGGUUCGGGGACGAAGAAUGUGAUAUAUGUUGUGUUGGAAAAAGUGUUAAGUACUUCGGCAAAUGUAUUAGUAGAAAUUGUCAUUGUUUGAUUAAGGCUGAUUUUGAUUUUUGAACCCAAAAAAAUAAAGAUUAAAGCUGAAUAAUUUUAUUGA